AAUAUAUAAAAGGUGAUUCAUGAAAUGAAACAGCUACUGAUAAAAUAUUAUUGCAAUAAUAAAAUUGUGAAAGCGAAUCUGUUAUCAACUUGUGUAAAUACGUUUCUGACUGGUUUGGUUUGUGAGAGUUCGUGGAUAAAAUGAAAAGAACGUCAUCAUACUGUCUUUGUAUGCUUAUGUUUACAAUGCUGUGGACUCGAGGAGAUUUGAGGCCCGAGGACCCGCCGGCGGAGAAAAAAGAGGGAGAUGAUGUAACAUCGACUACACCAGCAGUUUCUCUCGAGGGUGGAGAUUCAAAACCAGCUGAUGAGAAAAAAGAGGGAGAUGAUGUAACAUCGACUACACCAGCAGUUUCUCUCGAGGGUGGAGAUUCAAAACCAGCUGAUGAGAAAAAAGAGGGAGAUGAUGGAACAGCGACUACACCAGCAGUUUCUGCCGAGGAACACAAAGAUGAAGGAAAUGUAACAUUGACAACACCAUCAGCAGAUCCUACUGGUGGAGGUAAUGGAACAAGCGAGACACCAGGAGAAGGUUCGGAGAAUGGUACGACACCUGCUGGCGAUAAAGCUGAAGUUGUCACUGAACCUGUAAGUUAA